AUGGAUUUAGUAGGUAAACCCGACUAUACGCAAGUGAAACUGCUCUAUAUCGGCGUAGCCACCUACGACAUGGAGGAAUACUACCACAACCAAACAGUUCGGUACUCAGAGGCCGGCGUGCACGUGUCACAGCUCAACAUCACGUGCGAUGUUCCCAACGUCGACCGUUUAAACGAUCUGUUCGGUACAGCCGAUCUGGUUAUGGUCAGUGGCGGUAACACUCUCUUCGCAAUUGACCGUAUGCGACAGACUGGGCUGGAUCGCUACUUGCACGACGCUAUGGCGAGGGGUGUUGUGCUCGUCGGUGGUUCUGCUGGGGCUAUCUGCUGGUUUGAUGGUGGCCACAGUGACAGUAUGGACCCAGCCACAUACAAGAACGCUAUGCUGCAUCCGCAUCCGCACGCAAACGAGACGGCUCCUCACGCCUCGUGGAAGUACAUUCGAUCGCCUGGUUUAGGAUUUCUGCCGGGUUUGAUGGUACCGCACUUUGACAGACGCGAGAGUAAUGGCCUUCUGCGUGCAGACGAUUUCUUCCGCAUGAUGCUGAAACACACUGGCGAAAGCGGCAUCGCCAUUGACCACUAUGCUGGAUUGAUUAUUCGUGGAGAUAGCUACAGAGUUUUCGCAGCCAAAGGUAAACCAGGCACCAAUCUUGAUGGCCACUUUGACCGCACCGACAAAGGUGUGCCUGCUGUAUGGCAAGUGAAUGUGCUUGGGACGAGUUCGAUUAUACAGUUGCUACCCCCGGCUGUGGGGAGCUUGUCAGACCUCCUGAAGCCCGCACUCUUUGUCAAUGAAGAUUCUUUGCUCGAGACUGCGCGUAAAGAGAAUCCGGAUGAUGGAAUCUGCUGAGCUUUAUCAUUAAUCAGUGUUUUCAAGCAACCUACCAUAAGACAGUGCUAUGAAAGCUAGCUCUCUGUUGGAGCAGUGUGUUUAUAAACCUUUUGCCGAUAGUUUGACAUAGUGCACGUGUAUCAGCUGAUUGGUUCAUUACCGGAACCUAUGCACGGGAACAGUCAGAAUGUUCACUUUCGUCGCUUUACGAUAGGUAUGGGAGUCAUCAGCUCGCCUUUCAUUUCGAGUUAGAUAUUUUCAGAAUUACGAUUGAGUGUUAAAAGAAAUAAAAUUAAAAAGUGUACAAACU